GCUGGAUGUUGGACUUGCUUUACCGUCAAAACCAUGAUUUCGAGACUAACAUCCCUCUGGAGGACGACCCCGUCCCGGCUGACGACCAGCGUAACCACUUUCAAUACAACAACAUCCUCUUUUAUCUCCCGUCUCACACUCACGCAACAAAUUCGCGGCUCCAAACAUCCUUCCUACGGCGGAAAGAAGCUGCCUGGUUACUUAAUCCCUCGCCAAGCAGAGAAAACGUCCCAUUUGAAGCAGAAAUUGAAGAUGAAAUGGUUCCGUCUGAAGAUUGGCAAGGGAGGCCAGCGUCCGGGGCGCCCAAGAUACGGCCGGGAUGAUUUCAUUUUGAGCAAAAUGAAUUUGUGAUUCAUAGAGAAAUGAGUGUGGAUUGAGAGUUACAUUUAAGAGCUGUCCUUUAAUAUUAUAUUUAUGCGCAAAUUUCAACAGUCACGAAUUAA